AUGACCGGAGAGAUUGAAUUUAACCCCAAACCCCAUGGGUGCUCUCUCUCAUCUCUUGGGCGAUUUUAUGGAGAAUUUGAGGCCUCUAUGGCCGAGUCUCCUUCUCCCCAGCUUCAAGUUGUGGGAGAACCACCAACAAAACUUACGUAUGCUUCAUUAAUCCAUAAUGUAUACGGUAAAAACCGAUGCAAUUUGUACCUGCCCAAGAGGGCCAGAUCAUCUGGGUAUUUUGAGGAAUUUCGGAGUGGGCAGCCUCAGCAGCAGCAGCAGUCUAGCAGGCAUUCUUCCCAGCCGGCACAGAGCACACCUCCGCAGUUCUCAGGCAGGAGAUUUGAUAGCCCAGGGUAUUUAGGAGCAGGCCAGAGCUCCGGGGUUUCAGGUUCGCGGGUAGACAGGAGUUCCGGUCAGACGAGGCCACCCAGGCCUCAGUGUUCUUAUUGUGGGAGAUACCACCCUGGAGAGUGCUACCGUGCUACAGGUGCUUGUUAUUCUUGUGGCCGUCAGGGCCAUACUGUGAGAGAGUGUCCGUAUAAGGGUAAUUUGGGAGGUGCAGCGCAGCCUACCGGAUCAGUCGCUGGGUCAUCGUCUCCUUCGAUAGCCAUGCGCCCUGCGGGGCAGGGUACGUCGACAUCAGCAGGCCGCGGCAGAGGUAGUGGCGGGGCUCCCAGUUCAAGCGGUCCUUCGAACCGCAUCUAUGCCUUGACUAGUCGACAGGACCCGGAGGCGCUACCAAACGCGGAUACAGAUUUUGGGCGAAACGGGAAUUGAAUUUGGAAAGGCGUAAAGAGCAUAUAAGGUAUGUAAGGCUAUCCCGAUUCUUCUUUUGGCAUGUCCUAGGUGUACUAGGAUCGGAUUUGAGCCUCGGAAAGUAUUCUGCUCAUCGGAAUCUGCAUUUGAAAAUACCCCUUUUUCAUUCAAUUGAAUUGAACCCUAUAAGUAUGCUUUAUUGAAAGAAUUGUGCAAACUUCCGCAAAUUGUCUAGAAAAUUUUGGAAUGUCCCUAGAACCUCCGUAGGUGACUUUAUAAGCUUAAAAUACGUAAUUUGAGCCCACCGCUUCGUUUGUCCCGAGGUGGGCCCACUAUUUCCAAUUUUACCCUUUAUGUGUCUAUGACUUGUCUUCGAGCGUUUUCGUUAGAGAUACUCUAACUACUCCUUUAUCUACUAAAUAAAAACUAUUUUAAAUAUUUCAUUAAGUCUUAUAAAUUGUUUUGAAUCUUGAAAACGAUCUCGGAUAGAUUAUGCCUCCGUAACCCGUUAUGACAUCUAAAUUUACUUACUAUGUUUCCGUCCGAUUUCAUUGAUUU